ACUCAUAUCUGGUGGUGGAUUGUGGCGGUGGUACUGUAGACUUAACUAUACGAACGUUGUUAGAAAAUAAAACACUUGAUGAAGUCACCGAACGUUCAGGAGCAUUGUGUGGUGGCGCUUGUGUAGACGAAAAUUUCAUUAAAUUCUUGGGAAAAAAAAUUGGAGAAGACACGAUUAUGAAGUUUAAACAAAAACAUUAUGGCGAAUAUCAAUACUUAAUUAAUAACUUCUUCUGCUCAAAGAUCAAAUUUUGCUUCACAGGUGAACCUUCAAAUGCAAGAAAAAGAAUAAUUUUGGAUCUUGAUAGAGAGUGUCCCAGACUUAAAAAAUAUGUAAAAGAUUGUGUGCGGAUUCCAAUAAAUUUUGAUGAUAUUGUUUCCAUGUUUGAUCCAGUUAUAGAUCAAAUUAUCAAUUUAAUAGAAAAACAACUCGCAAAUACUACUAAAAAAUGUUCGGCUAUGUUUUUAGUUGGUGGUUUUUCUGAAUCCAUAUAUCUAAUUAAGAGAAUAAAAGAUCGAUUUAGAAUGGAGGUUCCACAAAUUAAUGUACCCCAAAAUCCAAUUACUAGCGUCAUUCGUGGAGCUGUUAUGUAUGGUUUAAACAAAAAUAUCAUAAAAAAUCGUAUUUUGCCAAUGUCUUAUGGUUUUGAGGUUUAUGAAAGAACAACAACUCGAUUUGACAAAUUUGGCUGUAUUGCAAGUCGUGGACAAAGGAUUGCACUCGAAGAAAAAUUUACCAAAAAAUGUAUUCCUGUUUAUGAUGAUCAAAAAGCCGUUCAUUUUAAGGUUUUUGCUACUUCAAAAACUAAUCCCGAAUAUUGUAACGAAGAUGGCAUGAAAGAAGUUGGGGAUUUACAUAUUGAGCUACCCGAUGAUAAUUCAUCUUCAAAUAAAUCUGAAGUGGAGCUUUCCUUAACAUUUGGCGAAUUAUUAAUUACUGCCACAGCUAAAAAUAAGGAAAAUAAAACUUUGACUGCAAAAUUUACAUAUGCUAGGCCAGAAUUUGUUGAGCUAGCUUAA